CCUGUGUCCAACCUCGAACUUUUAUAACGUGGAGUUAUCUGCUCUAUCCAACUCUAGCCAUUAUUAUAAGCCAUCAUCACAAGCCAUCAUCACACGCCAGGAUUCUCAGUCCUCACAUCGACCCCAUUCAAAAUCAACCGCCACAAAAUGGUCGCCCUCCGCCUCUUCCUCGUCUUCCUCCCGCUCGCGGCCGCCGUGCCGUCCUCGUACGCCCUCGAGCCCCAGGACCUCACGCUGCACCGGCUCGUGCGCCGCCACUGCGAGAAGCCCAAUAACUGCGGCGCCGCCGUGCAGGGCACUGAGUGCAAUUUCUGCUGCGCCAAGGACGUGAAGCCCGACAGCACGCACUGCAAGGCGGCGGCGGACAAGGCCUGCCAGGCCGAUGGGAAGGAGGGCGUGACGUUCAACUGUGACGCUGAUUGA